AUGAUGAAGAGAGAAAGAGAAGUUGAUAGCAUAACCAUGGGCAACUACUUGAUGUUGCUUUCUGGAGGAGGUGAAUUUGAGAGCACAAACUACUUGAAGCACUCUUCCAACGACCGUGUGUUUGAGUGCAAGACGUGUAAGAGGCAGUUCCCAUCGUUUCAGGCAUUGGGAGGGCACCGUGCGAGUCACAAGAAGCCAAGGUUGAUGAUGGGAGAGAGCGACCAUAACCAAGUGCUUCAUGGUUCACCACCAAAGCCUAAGACACACGAGUGUUCCAUUUGUGGUUUGGAGUUUGCGAUAGGGCAAGCUUUAGGAGGACAUAUGAGACGCCAUAGAACAUCAUCAUCAUCAUCAAAUGGAAGCACGCACAAUACUACUACUGCUACCACUAAUUCUUCUUCUGUGAGUGGUAGCACUGUUGAUGACACUUCACCAAACAUGAGCCACAACACUAACAACAAGAGGGUUUUGUUUCCUGAUUUGAACUUGACGCCAUUAGAGAAUGACUUGGUGUUUUUGAAGAUCAGACAAGCAACUCCUUUAGUUCACUGCUUUAAUUGA